AUGAGUCUCUACAAGAACUUGGGCAACUCUGGCCUGAAGAUCUCCAAGGUCAUCCUUGGAGCAAUGAGCUACGGCUCGCCGGAGUGGCAGGGCUGGGUGCUGAACGAAGAAGACUCACUCCCACUGCUGGAAUACGCAUACAAGGCUGGGAUCCGGACGUGGGACACCGCGGACGUGUAUUCACAUGGGCAAUCGGAGCAGAUCAUCGGCAAAGCCAUCAAGAAGUUCAACAUCCCGCGGGAGAACCUGGUGAUCCUGAGUAAAUGCUACUUCGGGGUGACCGAAGACAGCCCGUCGAACGCGAUCAGCGUGAGCUCGGUCAACGACAACGACAUGCUGAACCGGGUCGGCCUCAGCCGGAAACACAUCAUCGACGCCGUCGACAAGAGCGUCGCGCGGCUGGGCACGUACAUCGACGUCCUGCAGAUCCAUCGCCUGGACCGUUCGACGCCGCGGGAGGAGAUCAUGCGCGCGCUGAACGAUGUGGUCGAGUCCGGCAAAGUUCGAUACAUCGGCGCGUCGAGCAUGGCGGCGUGGGAGUUCCAGGAGCUGCAGAACAUCGCGGACCGCCACGGCUGGCACAAGUUCAUCUCGAUGCAGAACUACUACAACCUGAUCUACCGCGAAGAAGAGAACGAGAUGAUCCCGUACUGCAACCACACAGGCGUCGGCUUAAUCCCGUGGUCGCCGGUGGCCCGGGGUGCGCUGACGCGCCCGUACGCGAGCAGAGACACACUGCGCGAGAAGACGGACAACUAUCUCAAGACGUUGAUUCGGUCGAGAGACGACAAGGUCGACGAGGAGAUCAUCAACCGCGUCGAAGAGGUGGCCAAGAAGAUCGGCAAGAGCAUGGCGCAGGUUGCCAUUGCGUGGACGCUGAGCAAGAAGGACGUGUGUCCCAUUGUGGGAUUGAAUAAGCCCGAGAGAAUCGAUGAGGCUGUCGAGGCGACCAAGAUCACGCUGGAAGAGGAGGAUAUCAAGUACCUCGAAGAACCUUACCAGCCCAAGAAGCGACAGGGCUACUAA